GAAAGAAGUGGGUGAGACGGGGCUGAGAGACGCACGGAAUGGAAACAACUCUACUCACGCCAAGCAUAAAAUUCAUAUUCAUAUUCAUCAACAAGGCCAGCCGGCAGUGCAGCGGACGGAGAACACAGGGGGACCUGAGAGUGCGGACAGAGAUAACCUAGAAAGUGUAAAAACAGGCUUCAGAAAUCAGAAACAUAGAGAGAGCGAGAGCGCGGGAGAGAAGGAGAAAGAAAGAAAGAGAGAGAGGUAGAUUCUGAAUAGAAGAGUGAGAGAAAAGCCACAGAAGAGAAAAAAAGUUUAAAACUGGUGAUAAGGGAAGAUGGCAACAGGACUGUCGUGCAGUGAUGGCAAAUUUGUCCAUAAAGACAGAUGCUGUGAAGGCUGCCCAAAAGGGAAACGUGUCCAGUCACCAUGUGAGGUCUCCAAAUCGACGGUCUGCCAAGGCUGUGAGCAUGGCUACUUUAUGGAUGGCUUGAACUUCCUCCCCAAUUGUCGACCGUGUAAAUCAUGCCAUUCUAACAGUCACAUGAUGCUUGCAGGGGAGUGCAAGGCGGACCGAGACAGGCAGUGCAAAUGCGAGGAGGGUUACUACUGUGAGGAUCCCAGCUGUGGGCACUGCCGCCCUGUGUCUGAGUGUCCCAGAGGCUCCGGGGUCAGCAUUGCAUCUAACGGACGAACAGACACGAUCUGCGAACAGUGUCCCGAAGGAAAAUACAACAACGUCAGCGACUCAAAGACACCCUGUCUCGCACACACCAAAUGUGAAGCCUUUGGAAAGCAGACAGGAACACCAGGAACAAACCUGUCAGACGUGGUGUGUACUGAGGGUAAAGGGUGUCAUUGGGUUGUGCCAGCAGGACUGUGGGCAGGGCUAAUUCUGACAGUUCUCCUGAUUGGCUUUGGCUAUUAUUUCCGAAGGAAGAAACACAGAUCAAAAAAGAAAGUGUUCAGUCUGGAACCGCCAGUGAAUGACGUCGUCCUGAACCUCCCAAACCUCAUCCCGGCAGAAUAUAACCAACCGUGUGACGGAAAAAGUGAUGCACUGUGCUGCAAUGGACAGCACUGUGACUCUGAUAUGCCUUCAACAGUGAUGGCCUCUCCCUGUCCAGUGGAAGUCCAUCACCCUACCGCGGGCGAAGACCUGGAGUGUGACGGGCCCGGAAUGCCAACGCUCACGGCCUCGGCCCACUUCAACCAAUCAGCUGCCAGAACAGGCCAGAUGACAAACUUCUCCUUCUCGCCCUGCCAAUCACAGCCACAGGAGGACGAGUGGUCCGGAACAUGACUUCCGGCACAAUGCCUUACCCUUUUAUAGUCAAGGAAAAACUGAUGACGGGCUGUACAUUCCCGGAUAGAAUAAUACAUUGUACAUUGCAUUUUUAAAUUAUAUUUUCAGUUUUCAUUAUUUAACAUUUUACAUAUUACUUUUUUAUACUGAUGCAUUUACUUACGUAUUUCAGCCACUGGACAAGAUGGCAGCAUGACACAGAUAUACAUGCAAAACAACCUUAAAUCUUUUGCUCCAAUAUGCAUGCCAUUGGUAUCUUCUGUCAUACUUACAUAAGGUACAUCAAUUGGCAUUAACUAAUGUAGUCGUUAACAUUAAUUAAUAGUACAAAUGCAUUAAUUGAGCAUAAAAAUUAGCUUUUCAUUAGUUAUUGUAUGUGUUAACUACUAAUGUAUUAGUUACAUUAAUAUUUAUGCAUUAGCAAACCAUAGAACAAACUUGUAACUUAGUUGCAUUAACUGUAUCCUUUCCUUCAUUCCAAUAUGAAUUGGCAUUAUCUAAUAUUGUUAUUAACAUGAAUUAAUUAUGUGUACAUAUACAUACACAAAGCUGGUCAGAUUGACUUCUCAGUAGUGAGUUAACUACAUUAGACAUGCCAAUUCAUGUAACCUUAUUGUAAAGUGUUAUCGUAGCUUCUUUUAAUUCUGUUGCCACCAUAUAAAACAGAACCCUGUAAAUAAAGCCAUGUGCUACACUGCCACAUAGUGGUUUUAGCUUCAGCUUGCAGUCUGGUCCCACCUCGAUGAGCAGUUAUUAAAAAAAAUCCCUUUUGUAGAAAACAAACCUCAAGCAGAUAUCGAAUCAUUACAUGCUAUGUGCUAACUAUAUGGCAAUUCACAAAACAUGGUGUUUGUCAGCCCAAUAGCCAGCUGUGUGCAGCCCUUCUGAGCUAUGGCAAUUAGCAACGAUGACAGGGUCAAGAUUUAGUCCAGAUUCUGGGCGGCAUCUACUCUGAACUAGGCAUGAGUGCACCGUAUAAAAUGUUGUUCGACAAUUAUGAUGAUCGUAUGAAUAUAGAUAUAACAGUGAAACCCUUCUAAGGCAGCCAUCCAUGGGAGUAAAGGUAAAUGUUUUUUUUGCUAAAUGAAGAAAACUCAAUUAGUAUCCACUCUAUUUUUGAAAAUGUAUGAAUGUGGGAAGUAAAAACAGGCCAUGGAAAUGUAUAGACCUCCAAACCUGGUUGAAUUGAAUGUGAGAUAUUUAUAAGUUUACAGGACUGGACUUGUAUUGUAAGGUUUAAUUCCCCAAUGGGAUCCUUUAACACAUUACUUAAGCUAAACUGCUUCAGUAAAACCAUACAGCUGUUGGGUUUUAUGUGAAAUGAUUUAUGCAUACAAAGGUGUUGUGUAAAUUGUUCUGGGCAAGAAUGUCUCUUAAAUGACUAAAAUGUAAAUGUAGAAAUAACGGAAGAGACUGGGCAAAAGUUCAGUAAUGAAACUAAAUACACAGCCCACUUUCAAGUUAUAGCUGCACAGCCAAAUUAACUAACGGAAGUAAUGAAUAUCUGUGGGAAAACAUAAUUGCUCUGAACAUAAUCUUCCCAAGUAAACUGACCAAAGAAAAAUGUGCAAAAUAUUUGAUGGUUAUGUAUGUCAGCCACUACUUCAUUAGGUUGACCUCAUUCCUGCACCUACAGACGGCGAGCAAAGUCCUCUGCGCAUUCAGUCGUUUAUGUUUCCGUUUCGGCUCAAUAAACUCCUCCCAUUCAGCACUCCAAUGAACUAUGAUUCAGAGUUCAGGAAGUAUCUAUGUGGGAAAACUAACGUUUGGCAAAGGCAAACUAGGAUUCUGUUUGAAAUAAUCCAAACAAACUGUGCUGAGAAUAAACAUCCUCUUGUGAAA